AUGCCAGAAUCAUCAGAUGAGUCCACUGCCGAAGGUGUCGGUCUUGUGCAGAACGAUGCAUCUGAUUCAGAAUCAUCCGUCGAUUCUGGUUCAGAUGAAGACCAGCAAGGCCAUGGCUUCCUCGACGUUGAAGCAUCAGAAUCUGGGGAGAGCGGCUCCGAGUCUGACAGCGAUUCAUCCGAUUCUGAUUCGGAUGAAGAUUCUAUUCCUGGGAGGAGGGGUGGUCGUCAUGGCGGCCCUCGUGCCGUUUUCACUCAAUUCAAGAAGCUCCCUAUCGAACUGAGGCAUCGAAUUUGGCAGUUCUUCUGUCCAGACCUUCACUCUUCACCGCGCGUUCUCUCAUUCCAGAUCCUCUGCAGUCCCCAACAGGACGUCAUUUGGGAAGGCGCCGUUUUAGAGAACCAAAUACACCCGGUAAACGCCAUGCUCGGUGUUCAUCAAGAGAGUCGUGAGAUCGCACUCAAGGCCUUUCCAGAUACACUUGCCAUUCGCCAAGGCCGCCGUAUAAUACACGUCAACAAAAAGCGCGAUGUCAUUCACCUCAACGGGCAUAGAAAGUCGUGGAAUCACAACGCAUUCGUCAGAGGCUUCUCGGAGAAUAUCCUCAACCUGGCACUGGACAUUCCUCAUCUGAACGCAAUGGAGCUACGCAUUUUUACCGCCUUUCCCAACCUAGUCAACGUUUUCAAAUUCGAAUGGCACAACGAGGGUCGUGCGCCGCUUAGACUGCGGUGGUGCGCCUCAGACGAAAUCCAUCGCUACGAGAUCCAGCAACUACAGAAAGAUUUUCGUGUGGGCGAAGACCUGCAUUUUGUCUACUGCUGGCCGGAUGUUGACAAACAUCGUGACUUUGCUGAGAAACACGCGUCUGAGAAUGCCGAUGCCGGCGAGGCUUUAGACGAGCUUGAGGAGGCACGAGAGGGUGACGAAGAGCUUGCGGAAAUGGUAAAGGAUAACGUUAUUGAGAAACUCCGUGGAAUCGACUUUUGGCGAAUGACCUGUUUUGGCUGGGAUGCUGCAGACCGAUUUCCAGCAUUCUUGGCUAAACACGGGAAGGCUGCCGGCGAUACACCGAGUGAGGAUGAAGACGAACAAGAAGAAUCAUCGGAGGAAGACGAAGACACGGAUCAAAAUGAGUAUGAGAGCGACGAUAUCGAUGACGCUACUAUCGAUGAAGAAUCUGUUAACGAGGAUGAGGAUGAUCUGUUAAUUGAUAACCGAGAGGACAGCGAGGACGAAGAGGAAGGCGGUGCUUCUGACUUUGGCGGCUUCUCCCCGCUGAGGGAUGAGGAUGGUAGUAUUCUAGCCGAUGGGCCAGAGCCGAAUUCUGUUGGAGGUAACCGACACCGAAGAGGUGGGCGAGCCAUCAUGUCGUCAGAUGACGAAGAUGAGGACGAGGAAGUGGAGCGGUCCGCUCGUGGCGCAACCCGCCGUUCAGCAAUGGUGGUCUCUGAUGAAGAAGAUGAAGAGGAGGAGGAAGAGGAGGCAAAACCCUCUCAAAACACUGUCCGGUCCCGCCGCGUCAUUCUAUCAGACGACGAGGAUGAUGACGAGGAAGAAGAGACAACAAAACCCGCUCGUUCUGUUGGUCGUCGUGCUCGAGUACUGCCCUCUGACGACGAGGACGAGGAUGAAGAUGAGGGCGGUGCUGAAGUUGGCACCACCGAUCUGAAAGAAGGUUCAGAUUCAGAAGACGAGCCUGCGGGAUCGAAGAGACCAAUGUCUCUUGCCGAAAAACUUCAGAACAACCGCCGUCGAAACCCGAUACCUGAUGAGGAGGACUCUGACGAGGAAACCUCGGAAGAAGGGGAAGCACCGCCGAAGAAAUUGUCACUCGCUCAGAAACUCAUGGCACAUCGUAGACGGAAUCCUAUCGAAUCUGAGCCGGAAGAUUCUGAGGGCAGCGUUGUCGACGAGGAUGACGAUGACGAAGAGGAUGAGGAAGACGAGGACGACGAGAACGGCAUGUUUAUGAACAUGGCUGACGAGGGAGAGUCUGAUGACGAGCAGGAUGACGAUGAAUACUAA